UGGUGCUAAUGAUUGCAGCCUUUUCCAUUAGCUAUGGGAAACUCAAAAAUUUUUCUCGACAACUAACGCUAUAGAAAAGGGUUGACAAAGCAGUUGGUAAUGGUUAAACAAAUGGCAAAUCCAACAACAUCUAAUGACCUAAACCCAAUUGAUAAUUUGAUAAAGUGUGCCAUAUAUGGAUCUCACCAAAUGCAUUGUUGAGAUCAAUCAACCGUCGUCAUAUUCUUUGCCCCACUCAAUCAUUCCGGCAUUACCAAUGACUAGCUAUUUGAUCGGUAGAAGCAUUGCUUGUACUGUGGCCUAUUGUGCUGGCCUUCCUAUGCCUAGCAUAAAGUUUGAAAGUGAACUCAACAUUAUAACUACCAAAAUCAAGGAUAUACUCACCACUUGUUCCCCAGCACUAGAAGAGAAGAGAGGCGAAGAAUCUUAUCAAGCAUUACAACAUGAUUUAUUUAACAACUCUUCCAAUAAAUCAAAAGUUUUAAAGUUAAUAUUAAAUGCCAUUGAUGAUAAUGAGAUUUCACUUUCUUCGCGCCAAUACAGCAUGGUAAGAUUACAAACAUUGAACAAUGAUGUUCACUUCCUGUUGUUAUUAUAACUUUAAAAGUCAAUAAAACAAAUUUCACUUUUC